AUGAAAAUGGGUUGUGUGAACUCCAAAACUGAAAAGAAUGAAGCUUUGCGUCUUUGCAAGGAACGAAAGAGGUUGAUCAAGGUGGUUAUUGAUUCCAGAUAUGCUCUUGCUGCUGCACACUUAUCUUACCUUCAAUCUCUUUGUAACAUUGGUGUUGCUCUUCGACGGUACGCUGAGGCAGAGAUGCUGAUAGAGUCGUCCCUGUCGGUUUCAGACCACACACCAUCUCAAUCUACUUGCCCUUCUCCAUCUCCUUCAGAUUCACCAUUGAAUAAUGACAGUCACCAUCAUGUGAGUUGCAUGAAAACAAGUGACAGUGAAGCUGUGACUGUUAUGAUCGAUCCCCAUAUUAUGAUCAAUCCUCACAGUGAAAAUAUUUUGGACGAUGAAGCCAUUGAGAGUGAUGCCUCUUGGGAUUUCUUUGAUCCUGCUGAUAGUGCCAAGGGCUUUGAGUUUGCAGGGCAUGCUAGUUACUACAAGGAUGAAGAAGAAACUGAUUCGUUCUUAGAUGCGUCAAGAGGAAAUUAUCAUAGCAAUCUGUCAGUGGAAUGUUGUAAACAAAAGGGUCAUGGAGAAAUGAGGCAGUUAGAGUCACCAAGUAAUGUGGGUGUUAUUGGACGGUCAAGCUUAAAGAACAAUAAGGAUAUAGCUAUGAACACUGAGAGGGAAGAUCCUUCUGAGUUCAUCACCCACAGGGCUAAAGAUUUUCUUUCUAGCGUGAAGUUUAUAGAGCAUCGGUUUGUUCGAGCUUCUGAAUCUGGUAGGGAGGUUUCGAGGCUAUUGGAGGCAAACAAAAUCAAGGUUGGAUAUUCUGAGCCAAAAGGUGCUUGUUACUUGCAUUGCAUUGCAUUGCAUUAA